UUGCCAUGGAAAGAUUAGACGACUUGGCCCUGAGACACAUAGCUGCAUUUCUCAACCCUGAAGACAUUGUAAACUUAGGUAGAACAUGCAAGAGAAUGCACUCAGUAAUGCCUCAAGUUGUUUUGUAUGACGAGGAAUGGCGAGGAGAAGACUUUAAGAUCGACGGCCCUCGAGAUGGUCAUUUCUGGCCUGAAUUGUACUUUGACGGACCGGCUCUUUCUAGUACUGUCAAGAAAUUGAGUUUGUCCGUUAUUUGGAACGACCAAGGCUGGGGAAAUCGAAAGGGUGAGUUGUUCUUGAAAUUGAUCAGACGAGAUGGCAGUGGUGAGAACAUUGUAGCCGAACAUCGGCGAUUGUUUGGCAUCGCAGAACACAUGGAAACACGGGCAAGUGUUGUGAUUGAAAACCACCCGGCGGUUAAACAAGCAAGACCUGGAGAUUUCUACAGGUUUAUGAGAAACGCUGGAGGAGGAGGGGGACACAGUCUGACAGUGAGGAACUUUCGAGCUGUUGCUUCACUUUGCAAGAUUAUCUGAACAGGAAGAGCUUGCUGACCACAAGUAUCACAGCAUUUGGGAUGAAAAUGAUAUAGCAGAUGCUCGUCGCAAAGAAGAUAUAUGAAUAUGCAUGACAGAUUAAUGAAAAUACCCACACCUCAACAUAUGGCUGGGUAGGGAGGGGCAUGUGUUGAUUAUUUUUGAACUACCCUCCUCACUCCCCAUACUACCCAAAUUAAAAAAUGUAAUAGAAAAAUAAUGAAUCAAAUUUCUUUUUGCACAAUAUGCAAAAAAUAUAUUCUGCCAGAGGGUUUUCAUUUGAAUGGUAAGACCCCACAAUUUCUUCAUUAGAUUAAAAAGUGAUUGGUGGAUCUUGUUUAGUAGAACUCCAGAGUUAUGCAUUGUUAAAGUGACUAUUUAAUUUCCCAUAGUUAGGCCCAACUUUGGGUAAAUGAUAAGAUUUUGCAUAGGUCAGUCUGGUUUCAUAUAAUUGAUGAAAAUUAUCCAUUAUGUUUUUUAUGUAUAGAAGGAAGUAAUAUUAUUGUAA